AUGUUCCACUGCGCUCUCUGCUGCCACCAGGUGUGCUAUGCACGGAUUCUGGACUCCAAGAGGAAGUUCCUGGAAGCUGCGCUCAAGUACUACGACCUCUCCCAGCUGGACCAGAGGGAACUGGGCGGCAUGCAGGUGGAUGAGGAGGAGUUGGAGGCGGUGCUGAACGCCGCUGUCACCUGCACCAUCCUCGCUGCUGCCGGCCCCCAGCGCUCCCGCAUGCUCGCCACCCUCUAUAAGGUGUAUCUGGAGCGCAUCCUGCGAUCACCAGAGGUGGAGGCAUUCGCCAAGGAGCUCAAGCCACAUCAAAAAGCGGUGUUGCCGGGCGGGUCAACGGUGCUGGACCGGGCAGUGAUAGAGCACAACCUGCUCAGCGCCAGCAAGCUGUACACCAACAUCAGCUUUGAAGAGCUGGGUGCUCUGUUGGGCAUUGCACCUCACACGGUGGGUGUGAGGGAAGUAGGGGCGGAGAAGGUGGCGGCGCGCAUGAUAUCGGAGGACAGGAUGAAGGGCAGCAUCGACCAGGUGAGGCACAAACGCAGAGGUGGCAGCAGCAAUUUGCAAAGAUUUCCGCCCUUCACUCCCCGCUCUCCCUUCCACCCCUCUCUCUAUUCUCUCCCGGCCAUCCCUCACCCGUCGCUCCCUGGUGCCCCUCUCAACCCGCGCCCACGCCAGGUGGAGGCGGUGAUUCACUUCGACAAGGACACGGACGACCUGCAGCAGUGGGACCAGCAGGUACACACAAUCAUAUCUGCAUCAGAUUAG